AUGGCGAACAGAAGACCUCAAAAUAGCGGUCGCCGGAUGGACUUCGGACGCAACGAUCGUCCCAAGAAUUUUGGUCGCAGCGGGGUGUCACCGUGGCAAGGUGCUGGUCCUGGCGCUGGCAUUCCCAAUCUUCUGCCUCUUGCCAGCGGCUCUACUGAAGCCACUCUAGCUCUUGCUAGCAACCUUAUCAACUUGCUCCAACCACGUCAGAACAGUGUUCCAUCUCUACUAGAUAUGCCCAUAAGGCGGGAUUUUGGUCCAAAUAUGGGUCGGUUUGACCGUGGUUAUGGACCCAAUAGGAUGGGCAAUCAAGGUAAUUUCCGGCGUACGGGAAAUUACAAUCGCGCUGGUGAGCGUAUCAACACGAAUCGUAAGCCGUUCAGGCCCAAUGAAGGGCAAAGGCAACAAAACAAGAGUUCCCCGAAAAAGGAGGCCGAUUCAAAGGCUAAGCCUGUAAAGGAGAGCGAUCAAGAUCAAGGUGAAACAGAACAAUCUGCUGAGAAGUCAGAAAACAAAGAUAAGCAGAAAAAAGAUGCACCCAAGACUCGUUAUGAUGAUAUCAAUACUCAAUUGCUGAAAUGUCACAUCUGUAACAAGAGUAUGUGGGAUGGAAGGUCAUUUGAAAACCAUCUGAGUGGAAGAGCUCAUUCCAUUAUGAUGCAGAAGACUGCCGAAAGCUAUGCUCUUACUGCAGACACCAUGAGACAAGAAUUCAAGAUACGUGAAAUGAAGCGUACAAGGAAAACUGGCCAACAACCACCUCGUGAUUUCUAUUGCGCUAUGUGCGAUAUGUACGCUGCAGAUGGCGCCAUCCAUAGGACAACUGUAGGUCACCGCAAGCUGAAGAAGUAUUUACAUCCAACAUGUACAUCCUGCCAUAAAGAGAUGCCGACCAGGAUUGAAUUGGAUGAGCACCGUCUAACUGCUGAACAUCUGAGGAAUAUGCAAGAUAAGCAGGAGAUUGUAAUGAAGCCUAAACCCGAAGUGAUGGUGAUAUCAACACUAUCAAUGGAGCAGUCGUAUUUGCGUGACGAUCGCGAACGUUGGCGCCGUCCUGAAAAGCAGGAGAAAGAGAAGGAAGCUGGUGAUGAAGAAAAGGAUGAAGACAAAGAUGAUAAAAAGGAUAAUGAGGAUGGGGUAGAAGUAAAGAAGGAGAAUGAUGAGGAAGGAGAAGGGAAGCAAGAAGAUGCUGAAGAGAAGAAGGAAGUUAACAACAUCGACAAUGAAGACACUAUUUUAGACUUCAAGGAGGGUGAUGAUUUGUCUAAUAUUACUCCAGACAAGAUACCUGCAUAUAGUACUGAAAGGGGAGUGGGACGUUCAUUCCUCACAGAGUUCCGUUGUGUGCAAUGUCGUCUGUGUCGCAAAUUGCUAGAUAGCGAGGAAACUGCUGAAGUGCAUCUUAAGACUUGGAGACAUCAUCAGCUGUUCCUCAGACUUAUCACAAAGUCUAAUGCUCAGACCCAAGAAACUGCCAAGCGGCCAAUGAACAGCGAGGAGUCUGGUAACUGGAAGCGUCGUAAGACCUCUCGUGACGGUAACGAAACUGAGGACGAUAAUGACAAUGAACAGGAGGCUGAGCAGAGUGAACAUGAUCAACAAAAUGGGGACAAUCAGGAUGUUUCUAUGAAAGAGGAAAUUGAAGAAAAAGGCGACAAUGAAAAGCCUGAAGAAGGUAAUGCAGAAAAUACUGUAGAUAACGAGCUUGAGGAUUGGGAGCAGUCUGUUGAUGAAAUAUUGAAUGAUGAAAUACUGAAUAAUACAAAUGACUCUGCCACUUUAGAUGAUACAGAAGAGAAAUCUGAAGAAAAUUCUGAAUCAAAGGAAGAAGCUACUUUAAAAGAGGAGGAAAAAGAAACUCCAGUUAAAGAAAAGUCACCUCUAACUACUUUGGCUACUGCUGAAAAACCGAAACCUUCCCCACGGGGAAGGGGGCGUGGCAGACGUCGUUAUUAA